AUGGUUUUGUGCUUAUAUUACUUUCUACUUGUAUUCCCUUUAGUUAUACAUUCUCUUAUUCUUAACACACCACCUGAAUAUCAACCUGGAUAUGGCUAUGUCGGUCCAGCAUGUGCAGUAUUUGAUAGCACUCUAUUCCUUCAUGGAGUUUCAAAAAGAAAGUUGAGCGAUCAUGAAAUUCAUAUCUUCAGAUCUUAUCAACAUGAUUUGAGUGCAUUCAAAGAUUCCUCUUCUUCAUUUGAUUCAUUCGAAGCUUCUUUUCCAACAAUUCCAAAGUUUUGUGGAGGAUACGAUGACUCGAUCGAAGUGGUUUUAGAUUCAUGUAUCGUUCGGAAUAAUCACGUCUACGUUGGUGACCAUCUGAUUCGUCCACUGACAAAUUUUGAAAAACAGAAAAUUCAGCUUGUAAAAAUGAGAAGAAUGUAUGGAGAAUCGAAGAGAAAACGUAGCAGAAGAAGUUCGAAACCUCUACCAGGGACUCUUCCACAACGAGAUUUCAGCGAAAUGCUUCAUAAACUUCUGAAUAUCAAUUCUACAGUAACCUCUCGAUUCCUUCCUGUUGUCAGUCAAAGUCCUCUUUUUGCAAUGGAAGGUCCGUGGCAGAAUUUGCUAGAACUCGGGAAAGAUAAGGAUAUGAUUGAAUUGUUAGCUGCAUCUCAAUUCAAACCACAACAACCAUCACCGCCUCUUCCAAUGUCUCCAGUCGUGGAUAUCACUAAAAUUGAUUCUCCGUAUAGAGCAACAUUCACAACAAUGAAACCGAGAAAAUCACAGAAACCAGAGAAAAAGAAGGAUAUUUUCAACGUGUUCACGACCAAAACGGCGCCUCAAACUACAACGACUACUCAAUCCACGACGACUUCAACAAGUACCACUACAGUUCCUCCUACAACAACUACAACUCCUCGUUAUAUAUCUCUUCAAACUCUUCCAUCUAAAACAACCACGAGACGUCCGAUUACUGAAAAAGUCAAAAACCAGCAUUCUUCUGCAUUAUCAAAUAUCCAGACAGUUGUUGACCCGAUUAUUCUGAAACUCAUUUCAAAGGCACUCGAAAAGAACGAAAUGAUCGAUGAAUAUGCGUUGAAGCAAGCUCUUUCAAUGCGAAAUGUGGAAACUACUACGGAAGCUCUUCCACUUCGAUUCAUUAUUCCUACAUCCCCUCCAUCGAAUCCAUUCCAAACUUCAUCAAGAGUUGGAGGACUCUCUCAUAAUCAUCUUUUUAUUCCUCAUCAACCAUUCACUACUCUCGUGUCUUCUGAUUCCAGAUACUCCGCUCCAAACCCUCUUUCCCAUAGACUUCCCAACGAGAUUUGUCGAGUUCAUAUGAAUUCUAACCCCUUUCACCAAUAUAGAGUAUGA